UAAGUGCCUCAUCACACCGCGGCCUUUAAGACACGGCCACUCCUCCUCCCGGAUUGCUGCAGAGACUUUGCCUUUACGGAUUUAACCGGCUCCGGGACUGUGAUCCCAACAUCCCCGACAGGGAGAGCGGGCGUCCUGUGCUGCGGCCGGGACAGGCAGGAUGGUGUCCUGGAUCAUCUCCAGACUGGUGGUGCUGCUGUUUGGCACUUUAUAUCCGGCAUACUCGUCAUAUAAGGCUGUCAAGACAAAAAAUGUUAAAGAAUAUGUAAAAUGGAUGAUGUACUGGAUCGUGUUUGCCUUUUUCUCCACUGCGGAAACUUUAACUGACAUUAUCCUCUCCUGGUUUCCUUUCUAUUUUGAGCUGAAAAUUGCAUUUGUGAUUUGGCUCCUUUCACCCUAUACUAAAGGCUCAAGUGUGUUGUAUAGGAAAUUUGUGCACCCAACUCUGUCUAGUAAAGAAAAGGAGAUUGAUGAGUACAUUGCCCAGGCGAGAGACAAGAGCUAUGAAACUAUGAUGCGUGUGGGCAAAAGAGGCUUAAAUCUUGCUGCGAAUGCAGCAGUAACUGCAGCUUCAAAGGGUCAAGGGGUAUUGUCAGAGAAGUUGCGGAGUUUCAGCAUGCAGGAUUUAACUUUGAUACAAGAGGAUGAUGCUGUGCACUUGCAGAGUUCAGAGCCUCGGCUACGCAGUGCUUCCAACGGACUAGUGGAGACCAUUGUGGAUCAAGCCUCAUCCAACUGUUUAGCUGCUGAGGAACAACGACCCAUGAAGUCAGAUGGAGACCAGACAGAUGUAAAAUCGGAACCCUCAGAUGACGAUGCUGUGGAAAAAGCACCAAAACGUACAGCAAGUGUCAAAAUUGUGAAGAAAGUUACAAAAGUUGAGCCACAAACCAAGAAUUUAAAGGCGCGCCCCAAGAAGAAACCUACAGGAACCACUGUGCCUGGAGAGACAGCAUGAAAACAUGUCUUUUCUGUCCAGAUUUUACCUUAUACGCUGCUGAUUUAAAACUCUUUGGAGGACCAUGUGCUUCAAUAGCAACAACUACUACUUUUAGGAUCACUCCACAUCUGGUGGUCAGUAUUUGAGAGAAAACACGUCUAUUAAAUUGUAUACAGUAAUUAGGUAUUUGACCGACACACUACAAUGUGUGAUAUAUGUGAUAUUUAGAUGGUGCUGAGAUCCACAUCCAGUACUGUUCUCAGUGAUAACAAUUGUAGUAAUGAAUCCUAUAAAGACAGACAUGCAAGACAUGUCCCCCACGCUGCUGCAGAUCUUUUGUCAACCAGACUACUACAAUAGGUGCUCCGUAUUCUGCUAACACUUAUAGUUUUCAGUGGCCUCUAUAGUGCAAAUAAUAAGAAUUUAUAUAUAUUUUUGUUGUUUUAAUCUAGAAAUGGCAGCCAAUAUUGUCUGUAUACCUUACCUAUCCUAAAAGCUUUUAGUGUGCUCAUACACAGGAUAUAGUAUAGAUGAGGCUGAAUUACGCUGGCGGUCAUUUAUACAGUAUAUCAAUGCACAGAAAUACUUACUAGUUUUCGAAGAACUGGAAUGCUUUUAUGCUGAAUUUUAGCCAAUGACAGAAAUGGAUUUUCUUGCGUAAAUGGCAGGCACUACAGAAUGUGAUAUUAUGGAACAGACUUGAUAUUGAGAUCAGAAAAUGAAAUGGUUAAAAUUGCCAGCAGUGAUGACCACAGGCCUUUAGCUGGUUAGAUUGUAAGUUUACAGGGAGGGCUGUGUUACCAUGCAAGGUUAACCAAACCACAGAUUAUGAACUAUGAGAACAUAAAAGAAUGUAGCUUAAAAGCCCUCGGCCAUGUUUGGUGGAAGAUUUACGAGAUGCCUUGGUUUCAGAUUAAUGGAUACCUAUGAAUGUUGACAGAACUUAAUAUGGAAGUAUACAUGUAAAUAUUUGUACUAUUUGUAGAUUAGACAUAUUAAGGUAAGAUGAUUUUCAGGUUGGGAACAGGCAGCAGUACUGUUCAUAGGUUGCAGAUGUUCAUUCUUCAGAGACAAGGUUUUUCUAGAAUUCAUGGAGAACCACACUGAUCCUUGACAAUGUGCUUUAGGUCAAAUCAUGAAGAUGAGUUUGUGUUUACAGUCACUUUACACUGUCUAUAAGAUGUCCAGCUCCUCUCCAUUUUACACAUUUCUUAGCAUAAUGCUGCCACCAACAGCAAGAUUGCCUUUGUGAAGCAUAAUCAACACUGCUGUUCUCAAAAUAGCUGGUAGUUAAUAGGUAGUGUGGUUAGAAAUUACAGAUUGCCACUGCUUCCAUAGCCUUUCUGUUCAGCCUAUUUGCAAGUAAGCUCUGUAAUUAUAUCUAAAAGCAAAAAUAAACCUUAAUAUGGAGUGCGGAUAUAGAA